CGGCGGGCACGACGAUCACAAACGCAGCACCUCCCACUUCUCCUCCUUAUUCCCUUCCGUGUGCAUAUCAUAUCUCCAUAUGUCCCGCCAUCCCACCACCCCCUCUCUCCCUUCUCCCGUGCAUCCUCCACUGCGGCAUCCCAUAGUACAUGUUUCUGACUGAAGCCCUUAACCCUGGAGAAUCCACCGCGGCGCAAGGCCGCUUUGUGGCGCCUGUCUGGUCCGCCCAGCAUGGAGCCCGAAGCGCAGUAUCACGACGAAGACGAGACCACCGAAUCGGAGGGCGAUGGUGAGCCUUCAAUCGAAUGCGAAGAUGAUCGAUGUCGCGGCUCCGAGCCUCCCAUCUGGCAUUGUGUUGACUGCGACAGCUCAUAUUGCAGCGAAUGCUGGCCCCUUCAAGGCCCUCACAAGCCAAAGAAGAAAGGACGAGAUGGUGUUCCCCAUGAACAGACCAACCCGCAGAUCGUUCGUGGACUGAAAGCAAUCUUGCAUCCCACGAGGAAGCCCGACCAGAUCCAGAAGCUGCACGAAGAAGACGAAUCGACCAAAUGGUUCGGCGUCGCCCGCGACCAUACCGGCCGACCAAACUUCGAAGACUAUGGCCGUUAUGCGAACCUCAUGACGAGUAUCUCGUCGCUUGAGGAUCUCAACUCGCGCUACCCGCAGCUGGUUUCCUUCAUUGGAGUGACGAACGCCGGGAAAUCCACUUUGAUCAAGAUGCUGGUCCAUCACGAUGAAAAAGGCGACGGCGCCGCGAACUCCGCCAUGUUCCCUUCGCCGGUCGUGGGAAGCGUGGUGAACGAUGCCUUGCCGACCUCCGGGGAUGUCCACCUGUACGCAGAUCCCGCCACCCACGCCGACCAGCUUCCCAUCCUCUAUGCCGACUGUGAGGGAUUCGAAGGGGGCGAAAGGACGCCACUCGGCGCCCGCUCACGAAUGAGAGCCCGCUCGGACAUCGCAAAGGACCGCAACGAUCCCACCGUGCACUCCCGUCCGAUCCAUUGGGCCAACACAGAGGAAUCACGACAACGAGAAUUUGCCGUGACUGCCCUCUACCCGAGACUGCUCUACACCUUCUCGGACUGCGUGGUCUUUGUCCUUCGAAAUCCCAAAACCUUCCAAUCGGCUGUGCUCACGAAACUCCUGGAGUGGGGCGUGUCGGCGCUGGAGAAGUCUAUCAACCAGCCUGCGCUUCCUCACUGUAUCGUAGCCGUCAACGGCACCGAUCCGGCUGUCGAUGAGCGGGAAUGGGAUGUCAACUAUGCCACGCAAAGCCUCCUCUCCACGGUACGAACCGCCCUGGAUCCCAUCGAAGGCGUCCCACGCUUCAGGGAGCUCGCCGAGCACUGGCGAGCCCUGGGCAAGCACAUCUACACCGUGGAAGACCUCAUCCUACACUACUACAGUUCCUUCAAGGUUGUCCGAAUCCCCGCUCGGCCGCGAUACAUGACGAUCCACGAGCAAAUUGGAAAACUGCACGACACAAUCAAGAAGAACUGCGAGGAUUCUUUCCGCUCCAAACGUCGCGCGCGCAUGCUCACCAAUGCCGACGAGCUGAACACGUACCUCCAGACCGGGUUCGACCACUUCACCACUCAUCUCGACAUACCAUUCAACUUCAUGCAAGUUUCCCUCCUCCGCAACCCCAUCCCAAAUGACUUCGGCGGGCAUAUCCUUCAGCUUUGCACCACCAUAAGCUCUCAACAACCAGUUCACCAGCCGGGCCGGGUGUCUUGGAUGUUUGAGAAGCUGAGUGUCAUGCUCGCCUCUUGCGUCCUCCUCGACUGUGCGCGUUUCCGGAAGGGUCGGGUGGACGAGCUGUUUGGGAAUUACGAAAAGUUCUUCGAUUAUGCCAUGGGCGAAUACCUGGAACUCCAUUAUCCUUGUUCAUACGUCAGCCCCGAUGGUUCUCGUCACUGUCAGCUGGUCAAGGCUCGCCAUCUGCCCAAGGGGCAUCAAGACGAGCUCGGGAUCAUCGCGGCUGGCGACUACGAGGCUGCGUUUGAUGCAACGUUUCUCCCACAGUGGAAGGCGCAAUUACGAACGGCCAUUGACGGCCUGCAUCGGGAUUUUUCGUACGAGCUCGAGCAAGCGUCGCACCUUGACGACAUCAAUGCCAUGCCGGAAGAGAGAAUCGCGUUGGAUCUGCAUGCAGAGUACCUGAACCAAUUCUUCGAGGCGGUGGGGCCCGCAGCUUCGGUAUGCAGUCAUGCCACUUGCUUCUGCUGUCUGAUGGAUGUUCCGGAGCACCCCUUGCCCUGCGGCCAUGUUUUGUGCACCGCAUGUGCAAAAGCAUACGGCAAACAACACAAAUCAACACUGUACCUCAGCUGCUGUCCGCUACAUUUGGAAUCCACGAAAUGGGCCAAGCCUGCGGUCAUCAGAUUCCGACCGGAAGGAGCUGGGGUGCGCGUCUUGUCUCUGGACGGCGGCGGAGUACGUGGAAUCGUCCAGCUCGAGGUCUUGCACGCUGUCGAGCAAUGCCUUGGAGGGCACAUUCAAGUCCAAUCUUUCUUCGAUCUGAUGGUCGGAACCGGCACAGGAGCAUUGAUCGCCAUGUCACUUUCGGUGAAGGAUCGCACCGUCGACAGCUGCUUGGACAUGUUCAUUGCCAUGUGCGACCAUGCGUUCACACCCCGCCUGAAAGGCAUACCGUUCUUGAGCCAAUUGAUGCACGCCAUUGGAAGCGGUCGCAAGUACAAGACGAAGCCACUUCAUGCUGCUCUGAAGACUGCUUUUGGGGAAGAGGAGGACUUGUUCGGUUUCUCGAACCAGUUCCGCAGCGGCGCUCGAGUUGCCGUCACCUCCUCAAGCGCAACCGCAAGAGAAUCGAUGCUUCUUGCCAACUACCGUAGGCCCGACGAUCCCAGUCCAUCUUAUGCAUUUGAACGGCCGCACGAGCCAGAUCUGGAGUUGAAGGUCUGGGAAAGUGUUGCGGCAUCACUGGCCAACCCGGUCUACUUCCGGCCCUUCAUCUUUCACGGCAAAACCUAUCUAGACAACGGGUUGCGAUCGCCAAACCCCGCGUCACUUGCCGACAACGAACGCAAGCUAAUCUGGCCGGAUGCGGGAGAGCCAGACCUCUUCCUGUCCCUGGGUACUGGUCAGAACCGAAUCAGUAUUUUGGAGAAGCUUGCACAUCGGAAGGAGAACGGGUCUAGCGCAAGCAUCGUUGACGCUGCACCGAUGGACGACUCUCGCAAAGCGACCAAGAAACGAUUCCGCCGAGCCGAUGAAAUUCUGGACGCCGAGCUCGCGUGGCAGGAAUUCCGUGCGUCCGCGGUGGGAGUGAAGUCGGAGUCCAAAGGCAGGCGCUUCAUCAGAUUCAACCCGGACCUCGAUAAGGAGCCUCCUGCACCUGACAGUAAGACCGAUCUCGAGAAUCUGCAACUCACCGUACGCAAACGAUUGCAGACCGCGCACAGAGUGGCAGCCUUGCGAAACGUUGCGCAUCGCCUCGUUGCCUCGUCGUUCUAUCUUGAGAUACACUCGAAGACCACGCUGGACAAGAACGAGCAAAUGAUCAACGGCACGAUUGUGUGUCGAUUUCAGGAUAGGAGCCCCGAACUCCGCGCUCUGGGCAAAAUCCUUGAGGAGCGACGGAGUGAUGGGUUUGACCCUUACUUCCUCAUCCGCCCCAGUGCAAACUCGCUAGACCUAGCCAGCAAACUGACGAUCAAGCCGGAGAUUACGCGUGAAAUGAGCGAGAGUGGAGUCUUCGACCUGCCGACGAUCUCCCUGCCUCUGCAUGACGAUGGAAAGAUGUCGACGAUCAAUGUGUUCCUGUCGAGCCACGAUGGCCUUGAGCCAGAUGGGUUUCCCAUCUCUGGCUUCCCUCGCGUUCUGAGCGGAGAGACUCCUUCGAAACAAAAGUCUCGACGGCCUAUGCUCGACCGUCUCAGUUCUGACCAGGGCAGCAUUCGGCACACGCUGACCUCGAGACAUCUGAAACACGCCUCGACCGUUGACUCCGCCUCGAUGAGCGGUGUUACGCUGACCAAUCCGCGAGAGGACGCGUACGCAGAGACGAUGAGCAAGUUCUCCUACGUGCCGAAGAAUGGGCAGCUGAAGAUGUCCCUGGCGGACCUCAUCGCCCAGCACCAGAACACCACCGCCAAUGGCCGACAGAGGACCAACCGCUUCUGGACGUACAUCGCCCCCAACCACAUGGCGCAGCAUCCCGAACUGUACACGGAGGAGGACAUCGAGAAAUUCGCAGCCGCCUCCGACAACGCGACUACGUCCCAGACAUCCCUUCAGACCACCUCGGUAUCGACUCCAGGAACAGAGGGCCAGUCGUACGAGCUCGCGGCCGAAGACCCCCUAGCCACUCCGGACACGGAAUCAGAGGCGCCGCGGCCGAGCACCAAGGAAUCCAUCCCCCCGAUCCCCGACCAGCAUCCCUUGCGUCAAUCCUCUCUCCGAAUGGACCCCCUCUCACAACCCCGACCCGACUCGCAACCGCGCGAUUCCAUCCCAAGCCACUGCGACACGCUCUUCGAAGAAGAAGACGACGAGGAAGAGGAGCACGCCGAUCUCUCCAGCCGCUACUCGGCGUACAGCGGGCAAGAAGCGCUCGCAAAAGCAAGCCCCAUGGUGCAGAUGCCGACCGGGCCACUGCCGCUCCCCGAAACACACCCUUCGAUCUCCUCCACCUCCUCCUCCAUCUACCCCGACCCGCUGCCCGAAGCGCCCAGGAUUGUCCCUUUGCCUUUUGAGGGCGCGGUGAAGACUGCGCUGCCGGAUGCUAGUACCCGGACGGCUCUCGACCGCUGGUUGACAGGGAGAAAGGCUGCGAACGUGGACAAGAAGAACGUGGUGAGCCCGAUAAAGAGGAGGCCUGUGAGCACAGGAAAGAGGGACGGCAAGUUGAACGGGGUCCGAGAGGAAUGAAUGAGUAAAUGAGGCCUUGUUUCUUUCUCUUCUUAUAACGAUGAUGGAAUCUUGACUUCCGCUUGGACUGUACAUGGUUUUGUGUGUCGCGGGGCUUGAUAUACCACGGGAUAGGACCCCGAAUCUACCGAUUUUGGAUUGCAUUGUCGCUGAAUAUGCAAGAGUGGCUCAU